UCACAGUCUCCCCCAGCUAGGCAGUGGGCUGUCAGAGGGACUCGAGCCUCCCCCUCCGAUGUCCUGCGUGCUCUCUUCAUCGUCGCCAAGGGGCAUCAUCACCUGCGCCAACUCCACCCUACCCAGCCGCGUGUAGCACCGCGCCUCCCUCAGCCCCACCACAAUCCCCCGGGGUGUGCCGGGCUCGUCACCUCUGAAGUCCUCAGGGUCAGCAACAUCCAUGUCACGGCGCCAAAACCCACGCACACGCCUGAUGGAUGGAUACAUACACACACAUACGAGGCACACGCAGCAAGAUGUAAGUGAGUAGUGCUGGCAGUCGACGGAGUGGAGUGCUGCCUGGCGGCCAGCCGAGCUCAGCUGUGGGAGGGGGGACUCACUGACUCACUCACUGGAUAGCUCGUGCGGGCGUGAAGUCUUUGCACUCCCACAUGCAGCCCGUGGCCUCCCCCUUGAAGCGGCUGAAUCGCUUCUUGACGUGAGCAGGCCUGCAGCCACUCACACACAUGGCCAUCACGGCACGCACAGGGAAUGAAUGCACUAAUGGUUCGACCGAUUGAUGGAUGCGACAAUGAGUGAGUGAGAGUGUGGCCCUGCCUCCCUGCCUCCCUGGCUGGCUGGCUGGCUGGCUGGCUGUCCGUCGGCACAUACAUGCAUACCUGCUGUAUAUUUCCCAUGCAGUGAGGUUGGUGAGCAGGAGUCUGAAGUUGCGGAGGCACAGCUGCGACACGAACCACACCCACACCAAGUCAACACCGCACACAAACGCCAGCAGUUGACAACGCCACUGAAUGAACACCACACACACACAGACCCAGACACACACACACAAUGGGCUCUGCUUGCUCUAUGUGUGUGUGUGUGUGUGUGUGUGCUGUCUGUGUAGCUACCUCUGCAGGUUCGAACCAGGGUGUGUCUGCGUGCAUGACGAUGUGUGUGUAGUAGAGCCACACGGCGGGGUAGGUGAGUACGAUGCCCAGCCAGCAGAAGAAGAUGAAGGUGAAGAACACCCGCUGGUUGCCCACACCAACCGCGUUGUCCACCCACGGACAAAAGUGGUCGAAACGCCUUACACACACACACACACGGAUGCCCCUGUGUGAGCUGUGUAUGCCAGGAGUUCGGGUGUGUGUGUGUACCUACCUGAUGGUUCUGCCGACCUCCUUGCAGUAGUGCACGCGGGGCGUCUUGACGCUCUGGGGAAUCAACAUGAUGCCCUACUCGUGUCACGCCGGACAGCCACACAGGUAAGCAUAUACACCACAGGCCGAUUUGUCUCUCUUUUUCAGGUGUGGUCUGGUGUGGAUUUACUUUGAGCUUCCCCGUGAGUAUGUUGUUGAGGUAUUCGCCCCGCCCUUGGGCGAUCAGCCGCUGCCGACGCUCGGACGACACACCCGCCAUCAACCAACGCAUACGACCCUGCACACACGUACACACACACACACACACACAGACAGACAGAGAGAGGAGAUGACUUGUGUCCGCCAGCCCCCACAACUUCGCCCUCUCUCUGUAUCUGUCUGUCUGAGGUACCUCGAUGUCCCGUAUCUGCUGUUGCUUGUCAGCACUGAGCUCGUAGAAUGAUCCGUCGGGCACGUUGUCAGUGUCGGUGUUGCCGCCCAAUGACGAUGUCACCGGCGGGAUUGGCUGCUGGACCACCACACCCACAGGUGACAGGGGCUGCUCGAAACCAUCUUCCUCAUCGUCUGCUUGAUCGUCCUCCUGCUGCUCGUGCUCCUCGUCUUGAUCUUGCUCAUGGUGGUCUUGGCUGUCUUGCUCCGUGUCCGCCUCUUCCUCUCCCUCUCCUUCUCCCUCUUCCUCUCCCUCUCCCUCCACCUGCGCCUCCACCUGCACCUGCCUCUCCACCUGUGUGUGUUGGUUGCCGUUAUCCAUGUCCAUGUCUUCAUCGGGUGUAAGGAAGGCCAAAUGACCGGCAGCCGGCUGCUGCUCCCUCGGUGAUGCGUCGGAUGAGAAGCCCAAUGAGCCCCACCCCCAUGUGGUGGUGUCUGUGUCGUCGGGCCAGUGGGAGGGAGAGGGGUCCGGUUCGGGCGGUAGGAGGGGCGUGUAGAUGGCGUCGUCGUCCCUGCCCACCCUGCUGCUGGUAAUGGUGGUGGUGGUGGUUGGCUUGGGCUGGGAGUGGCCUGAGGUGGCAUUGGUCAUCAGGUCCUCCGCACACCGCAGGGUGAGGCUGUGCAGGUUGCUGAUAGAUAAACUCAACCCAACCACACACAGGAGAUGCGUCACGUGCGAUGCGUCAACGUUGUCCCAUAGAUACAUACAUUUCGGUGUGUUGGAGUGAUUUCUCGUUGGGCCCCAGGUCAUGGGGUGUGAUCAGCAGCCGCGGGUUCUGCUCCAGCAGACGCACGUCAUCAGCCCACGACCUUUACACACACACGUAGAUGAAAUGAACGAACCACUCCCGUCAGCUGGUUCGGUCCAGCUGAGCUCAGCUGCACUUACCGUCCCGUCAUGAGAUGGAACUGUUUUCUGAUCUCGAUCUCGUCAGCAAAACCUGGAUCUGACGUGUACGCUGCACAUACAUACAUACGACACACAUACAUACAACCAACCGCACACGCGCACACACAUCUAUCUAUGUUGUGGUAUGUGGCUGGCUGGCUGGCUGGUUGAUUGCAUUGAGUGUGGCGUGUCCGGUCCUGACAGGCCAGGCUGAGUGACUGACUGACCUAGCACCCACAGCACUUGCACCACCAGCCACAUUAGUGCCCACGCCGCAAACAUGGCCAGCACGCCGUCGUGGCCCUCGUUGAGACGAACAUCAGUCGACGCUAACCUGACACACACAACACGCAGGGCCACACAGCCAGAUGCACAGAUGCGUGUGGUGUGGUGGAUAUGGUGGUCAGGUGGCGGCGUGCGGUGUGUUUGUGCUACGCGAAGACGAGGAAGCUGAAUGCCUGCAGCCACACGUAGAUCUGCAAGCCAACCACACACACAUGCACACAACACAUCGUCAGAAUGAGUGUGGGUGUGAGUGUGUGUGUGAGUGUGUUGUCGUGUGGUGGGUCCCUCCCUCCCUCCCGCCUCACCCACCCAUGCGAAUUGGUUGGUGAAGAUCAGCGGUCUGUUGAAGACGCGGUGGUUGUAAUGCCAACGCUGCAUUCACCACCGACACACACGAGUGUCAAGUACCAUGCCAUGCCAUGCCGUCUGUGGUGUGUGUUUACUUUGAGGUUGAGUGGGAGGCAGCAGGCGGUGCUCCGCGAUAUCAAAUAGGGCGACACACCUACUCACAGUCACACACAUACAGAGGCACUGAAGCGUCUGUCGCUGUGCUGGUAUGCAGCCCACCGCCUCACUAACCUCGGACAUCCUUGUCGUUGGUGAGCAUGACGCCGCCAUAGCGGACCAGUGUGGUGAUGACCUCCUCGUCUACUCCAUUCUUGACAGCCAAGUGAAGCGCUGUCCGACCUGCACACACAACACACAAAGCCCUCUCACUUCAAGGGGCCACAUCCCGUACGUCACGUCAUGUCACGUGAUGCAUGGCCUGACUGACCGAGGAAGUCUCUGGCGCCCAUGUAUGCGCCUCUGGCGAUGGCCCACUGCACCUGACGCACGUUGCCCCUCAU